GUGGUGUUACCGAGGUCAAAACUGACAUCUUUGUCACCAGCUUUGGUCCAGUUUCAGAUGUCGAAAUGGAGUAUACCAUGGACAUAUUCUUUCGUCAAAUGUGGGUUGACAAGAGGUUGCAGUUUGAAGGGACUAUUGAGAUCCUCCGGCUCAACAACCUCAUGGUCGAGAAGAUCUGGACGCCAGACACCUUCUUUCGGAAUGCAAAGAAGUCCUUUGCUCACAACAUGACCACUCCAAACAAGAUGUUCCGCAUCAUGCAGGAUGGAACUGUUCUCUACACCAUGAAACUUACUAUAAGUGCAGACUGUCCAAUGAGUUUGUUGAACUUUCCCAUGGAUGGACAUGCCUGUCCACUUAAGUUUGGCAGCUAUGCCUACCCCAAAAGUGAAAUUCUCUACACGUGGAAAAAGGGACCAUCAGCAUCAGUAGAAGUACCUAAAGAAUCAUCAAGCUUGCUCCAGUAUGAUCUAGUGGGUCAGACAGCAUCCAAUGAAACACUGCGGCUUAACACAGGAGAAUACUCAGUCCAGGUCAUCCAUUUUAUCCUGGAAAGGAAACUUGGCUACUAUCUCAUUCAAACAUACAUCCCACUGAUCAUGAUUGUCGUGCUGUCACAAGUGUCAUUUUGGAUCAACAAAGAGUCCGUUCCUGCACGAACUGUGGCAGGUAUAACCACUGUGCUCACCAUGACCACUCUCAGCAUCAGCGCUCGAUCCUCGCUGCCCAAAGUGGCCUACGCCACAGCCAUGGACUGGUUCAUCGCUGUGUGCUUCGCCUUCGUCGUCUCUGCCCUCAUCGAGUUUGCUGCCGUCAACUACUUCACCACGCUGAAGACCAACAGGGAGCAGCGCAAGAGAGCAGCGCUGGAGGCGGCGGCCGCAGACAGCGACGAGGACAUUCCGUCGCCUCCAUCUGACGGCAGCGGCAGCCUGAAGAGGAGGAUGAACUCGGUGUCCCGCAGCGAGCAGGGCGUGCCCCUGCGGGUGCCCAUCUUCCUCCAGCAGGGCUCCGCCAUGCCACCCAACCACAUCCUGACGGGCACCAGCAUCAUCGACAAGUACUCACGCAUCGUCUUCCCCCUGUCCUUUGCCGCCUUCAACCUGGUGUACUGGAUCGUAUACCUCAACAAGGACACCAUGGAGCCAUCAAGGGAUGGUGACUGAGUCCCUUUCAGGGCCUCUCCUAUCAAAAGACAUAUGCAGGUUAGCCAUGCAACAAUGAAGCACAUGUGGUUUUGCUGCUGACACCAUUUGUUUUGCUGUUGUCUUUAUUUAAGUGGCCGGCUAGGACAACACACCCACCACAGAGGCAAUGCACUUUAGUUUGCAUCAAUGCAACUAAAAUGGCAUUAUGCUCAAAUUGUUAUUUAUUAUUACAUAAACCAAUCAAUCCAAAAACCACUUUCUGAUUUGUCGGACUCAACGUCAAGUACUUAUUUUCACUUCCUCUGCUUUAUACAACACAGGUUCACCGCCCAUCCCCUUAAAAUAAAUCUGAUGGUGGUGCAUCUCAUUCAGUUUAUGUUUAUUAUC